AACCAGGUACAAGCUAAUACUCAACAAUACUGAUGCCUUGUUUUUUUUGCUCUGUCCGGACCGCAAAGCUGUGGCCAAUUUAGAUAUGCUAUAAAUUUAAGAGGUUGCCAUGGCCACGGUGCGCCCAUUGGCCGCUGGGCCCCCUACGUGCCGCGCCACGUCACCAAAUCUGAAUAAGGAUGCGCGAAUUAGGCGGCGGCCAGACAAAGAUGAGGAUCCGGACCGCUUGAAAGUGGGGGAAAGUGCUGGCGCCUCAGCCACCGGGAAAAGCAGCUCCGCAGCGCGGAGACCAGCAGCCAUCCGAGACACCUGGGGGAGCCCGAAACAAGCGCCGGGGCGCGCGGCCUGUGGCAUGAGGUGGUGAAUGCCACUACCCCCUAUCCCGCUCUGGGCAGCCCGGCGCCAGGCCAGCGAUCGCCCAAGGACUAGAUCGGCUGAGUCUUGGUCCGGACCAGACUCGCCCAGCUGCUGCUGAGACUAGAGCCAAAGCCCAGCGGCCGGCCCGGAAGGCCUGAGGGCCAGGGGCCCACAGGGAGGGCAAGGCGGCCGGAGCCGCCGGGGCGCUGGGCUAUGAUGGUGCACUGUGCAGGUUGCGAGCGGCCCAUUCUCGACCGCUUUCUGCUGAACGUGCUGGACCGCGCGUGGCACAUCAAAUGUGUUCAGUGCUGCGAGUGCAAAACCAACCUCUCAGAGAAGUGCUUCUCACGCGAGGGCAAGCUCUACUGCAAAAAUGACUUCUUCAGGCGGUUCGGCACCAAGUGCGCUGGCUGUGCGCAAGGCAUCUCACCCAGCGACCUGGUGCGCAAGGCCCGCAGCAAAGUCUUUCACCUCAACUGUUUCACCUGCAUGGUGUGCAACAAACAGCUGUCCACAGGCGAGGAGCUCUAUGUCAUCGAUGAGAACAAGUUUGUGUGCAAAGACGACUACCUGAGCUCGUCCAGUCUCAAGGAGGGCAGCCUCAAUUCAGUGUCAUCCUGUACGGACCGCAGUUUGUCCCCGGACCUCCAGGACCCACUGCAGGACGACCCCAAGGAGACGGACAAUUCGACGUCGUCGGACAAGGAGACAGCAAACAACGAGAACGAGGAGCAAAACUCUGGCACCAAGCGGCGCGGCCCGCGCACCACCAUCAAAGCCAAGCAGCUAGAGACGCUCAAGGCCGCCUUUGCCGCCACGCCCAAGCCCACGCGCCACAUCCGUGAGCAACUGGCGCAGGAGACCGGCCUCAACAUGCGAGUCAUCCAGGUGUGGUUUCAGAACCGAAGGUCCAAAGAACGCCGGAUGAAGCAGCUGAGCGCUCUGGGCGCGCGGAGACACGCCUUCUUCCGGAGUCCGCGGCGCAUGCGUCCGCUGGGCGGCCGCUUGGACGAGUCUGAGAUGUUGGGGUCUACCCCGUACACCUACUACGGAGACUAUCAAGGCGACUACUAUGCUCCAGGAGGCAACUACGACUUCUUCGCGCACGGCCCGCCGUCGCAGGCGCAGUCUCCAGCUGAUUCCAGCUUCCUUGCUGCCUCUGGGGCUGGCUCAACACCGCUGGGUGCGCUGGAGCCGCCGCUCGCCGGCCCGCACGCGGCGGACAACCCCAGGUUCACCGACAUGAUCUCGCACCCGGACACGCCGAGCCCUGAGCCGGGCCUGCCUGGCGCGCUGCACCCUAUGCCUGGAGAAGUGUUCAGCGGUGGGCCCAGCCCGCCUUUCCCCAUGAGUGGCACCAGCGGCUACAGCGGACCCCUGUCGCAUCCCAACCCUGAGCUUAACGAGGCGGCAGUGUGGUAAGGCCACCAGGCCGCCCAGAACCCCACUCUGGGCCCCCACUGGGGUGCCUCUGGGACCAAGCCUCCCGAAACCAAAACUCCCCUCCCCGAAGCUAUGCGGACGCAGUGGGAGAUGUGGGUCUCCUUUAGGGGUUCUCUGUUGGGUCCGCACGCAACCAGGCAGCUGCUUCUCGGCUGGGGGCCUCUUCCCCUGCCUCCACCCCACAGAUCUUCCGGAGCCCCAGCCCUCCUCCAGCGCUCUCCAGGCAGCCACGAGCAAUUUCUUGGGACCAAAGUCAAUACUUCAUACUCCGGAUGGUGAAGAGAUCGCAAGCGCGC